ACCUAGAAGGAGACUGGCUCCAGAUUAGAGUGCGGUGGGCCAUGGCCGCUGCCGAUUUACGGGCGGAGCUGGACUCGCUGCUGCUGCAGCUGCUCUGGGACCUGGAAGAGCUGGAGUCAAAGCAGGUCAUUUUGUUUGUCAGUUUAUUUUGUUCAUUAGAUGCCAUAUAUAAGUGAGAUUAUGUGAUACUUAUCUUUCUCUGACUUUCGCUCUCCAAAGCUCGCUACGCCAUGGGUGCCAAGUCGGUAGGGCCCCUGCAAUAUGCCUCCCGCAUGGAGCCCCAGGUCUGCGUCUGCACCGACGAGGCGCAAAAUGGACUCCAGAAGUUUCGUGUGGUAAGAGCCGGCACCCAGAGUCCAGAGGAGGUGGGGCCCCGUGAAGCAGCUCUUCGAAGGCGCAAGGGCCUUACCAGGAUUCCAGAGCCCGAGGUCUUCUCAGCCUCCCCAAACCCUCUGAACUGGUUUGGAAUCCUGGUUCCACAUAGCCUACGGCAAGCCCAAGCCAGCUUCCAGGAGGGCCUGCAGCUGGCUGUAGAUAUGGCCAGUCUCCAGAUCCACAUCAACUGGGGUCGAAGCCAGCUUCGAGGGCUCCAGGAGAAACUCAAGCAGCUUGAGCUUGGGGCUGCCUAACCUGUGGCCACAGAAGAAGACCAUGAGUUCAGUUCUUUGAUGUGGUUGCUUUAUCUCAGGCCUUCUUCCUUCACAGCUUGCUUGGCCCCUACCACUACCACCCCAUCCCAGACAGCUAAUCACCCCCACCUUAAAAUUUUUCCAGUCUGCUGUUUCCAACUUUGUUAUAUGUGGAAGUUUAAAGAGACAAACUAAGUAAUGUUCAAAGUCACUACUAUGAAACCACUUCCAGUCCUUGUUCUAGGACACACUCAUAUGGGGAGGGUCAAAGCUGUUAGGUUAGUUUAUAUUAGGGAGCAACAGAGCAAUCGCAUGCAUAAAUCACUGCAGAAGAAGUAGUGCAUAGCUAGUGGCAGAAAGGACAAGAAGUAGGUGCUGCAGUUUCACUAGAUCCUCAAAACUGAUUUUGAUGAAAAGAAAAAAAGAUACAUGGCUAACAGAUCAGGAGAAUGAUUUCACGUCUAUAACAAACACAAUUACCUGCAUACAUGGGCAGCCCUUGGCAGGUUUUAAGCCAAAAAGUAAAAAAGAUCUAACCUAGAUUUUCAAAUGAACUAUAGGAAGAGACCUUUCAGGUUUUGAAACACCUGCCUUCUGUCUUUUCAGUAGUGAGGCUGAACCUUUUGUAAUUUGUUAAAAGGCCAGUUGUAUUUGCUAUUCUGGGAUCUCUGUCCUUAUUUCAUUUUCCUACUGGAUUGUGGAUAUUUUUCACAGUUUUUAAAGAGCUAAUGUUUAUGCUUGGGGAAAAUUGGUCCUUUGUUCACAAUAUGAGUGAUUUUCCUAGUUUGUUUUUUAACUUUAUGGUGUGUGUUUUUUUUAAUGGUUU